AUGCUGCCAGACUCGCCAUCGCCACGCGCGGCUCUCGCACUCUCCGACCUCCAGCCUCAAACAGGAGCCUCGACGUUUUCAGUUGGCACUGGAUCUGGAAAUUGGUCAGUCCUAAUCUUUCGGACAAUGGCUUCUGAAUGAAAAAAGAGGGAGAAAAGAAAAAUAAAGAUGACGAGGACAGAUCCCGACAAGAAGACAAGCGCAUUGCGCAAGGGUCUCGUUUGCCAGACGCAGUAGAUCGCGAGGCGAAGCUCGUUUGCGGCCGAGAACUUGCUUGCGAUUGGGUCGGGCACAAGCCGUGCGUGUGUGUGUAUAUGGUCGAUACCAAAUAUACGCGCUUUUUUGCUUUGGAGAUCGGCCACACGAGAUGACCAAAUUAGUCUUGGAAUUUGAUCACUUCAGACUUCUGUCUUUGCGAAAAAACCUUACUAGUUAGCAACAUUUUAGGACCUACUAAACCAAAUAACUGUACAACAGAUUCUUAGAAACCAAACUCUGAUGCCUUUCGUAGUAAGAUACAGUAACGUUUAUAAGGUACAGCUGUCAGCAGCCGGGCUAUAAUGUCUUCAGAAAGCUGAAAUGAGAUCAUCUACUUGAUUAAAUCUAUGUGUCAUGAAAAACCCAUACGAAAAUUUGGCAAACUUUGAAAUAUAAUCCAUGAAUUAAUCGAUUAAAGGUCUACGAGAGGCGUCGGCGGUGUUGGUGGUGACGCUUUCGAGAAGUCCGGCAACGGCGGCGGAUUAUUUGGCGGGAACAGACAAAAUGUUAGUCCGCAGUCUUUGAAAAUGAAGAACUGUCAUUUAAUAACGAUAGCAGGAAACAUUUGAAGGGAAACGAUCAAAAAUGAAAAUGAGUCUUGUCAUAGUCUGCCCCAAGCCCUUGUGGUUUCCCUGAAGCCUUUAAUAACACUACGAACGGAUCUGUUCUUCGAAACCUUCAAUAUGAUUCUUCAAACAUCCAGAAAGUUUUAAACAGGUUCUGUUCGAAGAUCUCUAAAAGUUUCAUCCUUUCUGCCACCUGAAAAUGUUGAUUUAAGGGUAGAAACUUUUGAUAAAACUUCAGAAGCGGUGAAACGCAGUGACUUUCUCUUGAAUAGGAAACUCUCUAUGAUUCGAGAAUCGCCUUGGAGGCGUGGCAAAUGUUAUCACCUGCCCCUUUCUUCAACCUCCAGAAUCCGGCUUUUCCUUUGUCCGCUUGACCCCUUUAAAAGUGGUCUCCAGCCCGCUCAUUCUUCAUUGUUUCUUUCACUUCUACGGAUAGUCAUAGUCCUUACUUCAUUAUUUUAUAUUUAUUCGUUGAUUGCCUCCUCCAUUAUUUUAUUCCAAAACUGAGCAAAUUUCGAAAAUAGAAACUCAUUUAUUUCAUAGUUGAGAUAAUUUUUAUUAGAAAAACUUUUCCGAUCAGCGGAAAUCCUUGAUGGAAUUCUCUCAAUGGUUCUCCAGUUUGGAUUCCAUCUAUUUAAAAUUGUAGAAUCUCGGAUCUCGGUAGAGCAAAUCCGACGUGCCCCGGACGUUUGUGAGCUUCAGUAGUGAACACUUAAGAGUACUGACGUCGCUGAAGGGUUCACCAGUACUCAAAAACGUACGGAGCAGCUCCGGCUUGCAAUAUCGAGGUCCGAGAUUGAGAAAAGCGUCACGAAAAAUGAUUUAGCCAUAGGGUUUUCCAAAAUCAUGCACUUACCAACAGUCUUUUCUGAGCUGCAACUUUUAACUUUGGAUAGGAUUGUUUUUUUUUCAUAUAUUUUGGUGAGGAAAAUAUUAUUAUGUAUAUCUUUCUGUUUUCAAACAAAAUUCUUACCUUGAAAGAUUAAAAUCUUCAGGACCGAUUCGAGUUGGGCGGUAACGGCGGCAAGCAGACUUUGUUCGGCGGCGGCUCCUCCUCAUCUUCCUCGUCCUCUUCAACUUCAGGCGGAGGCCUCUUUUCUAGCAAGUGAAUCCGAAGCUAUCAAAGGUAUAAUUGGUAAAAUGGAUGGAAAAUAAAAAAGAUUUACCUUUUCAGGAUGUAUUUCGCCGCCUUUUUGCUCACUUUCCUGACCACUUUUUCAUCAUGUGUAAAUAGCGAACUGCAAUUGCCUGAUUGCAAUGAAAUCCCUAAAGUUUUGUGCUGUACUCAACGUGUUUUAGGUAGAGUUUGAAGGAGAGAGGAAAUUUAAUCGAAAAAAUUGCAGAUAAAUGUAUGUCUGGUUGUAUCGACUACGUAACGGAGAAAUGCCCACAUAAGCUCGAGAAAUACGAAACUAUUGAGAACGAGAACGAGAACGCCGUCGAGGGCACGGUAACUAUUUUUCUCUUUCCUGUCUGAUAGACUAUUGGUUUCAAGAUCAAAUCGAGAAAGCCUGAGUCGGCGGAAGAUGUCAAGACCUCGAAGCUCGACAAGAUGGUGGAGAAGUUCGUCGACCGUGAUGAAAUCCGACGAGCGCCACAAGGUACCAAAGAGAAAAAAAAAACUCUUAAUGAAAAACUCGGAGGCUAGGCUUCAAAUUAUAUAAGAACGCAUAUAGAUCGGUUUUUCAUGAUGAUAUAAAAAAAAAAUCGCAUAAUGCGUUUAGAGUAAUUUUCGAGCGGAAAAGGAGGGAAACUUUUAGUUCAAAGUGACGUCGAAUUCGACUGAGAGCUUCGCAGCCGCAACGCGCGCCCUUCGAUGCUAUUUUUCUCUGGAUUUCUUAUUUUCUAUAUAAAUUUGAAAAGGGUUCAACACAUUUUUGCUCAAAAUUUCUUUGAACGCGGUUUAGAAAUACUUUAUUUGUAACCAAAACUGCUAUUAAAACAAAAUUUUCCUUUUCAUUCAAAUAAGUUUUGACGUCAAUCAAAAAACAAUUUCUUGCGUUGUGAUUUUAUCCAAGCAUUUCUUUUUGCUACAAAACCUUUAUGUAUUUCUUUUAAUUUCCGAAAUUUCUCAGAAAAAAAUAUAUCACUUUCUCGAAGCUGAUCGAAGCGAUUCCAGGCGGUGACGUGAAACAGCUGAACGCAGAAUAUCCCAUCACAGAGGUGUCGGACAACGACCUGACGUCAGAGUGCGGGACGGAGCGCAGCCAGCCGCCGUUCUCGCCGUGUCUGUCGAGGAAGACGGCCGACGACGUGUUCCUCUCGUGCUGUCGUCAGCAGGUGCCGUCCAACUGCCACUCGCUCUGCACCUACGAACACCGGGAGCACGUCGCCGCCGAGACCCUGAUCGCGGCCAUCCAGCAGGACGGCUGCGACUUGAAAUACCUGUCCAGUCUCCUCUACUGCGCUAAUCAGAAUCGCGACAACCGCAAGUGCUGCUCCCACCUGGGAAUGUCCAACUCGGACCUCGGCGUCGGCGAUCGGUACUUUUUAUUACAUUCAAAAUGGUUAUCUACAUUCGCUCUAAGAGGAAUCCAACUUCAAUUUUGUCAAGUCGAAAAAAUGACGACUAUAUUAUUUAGAGCUUUUUGAAAUUACGCUUUCUUUGGGAAUAAGAACUUUUUUCACGAGGUUUUUACGACCUAUCCAUCUGAGUUAAGGCUAAAACGUCGAAUCAGAAUGAAAUCAAUGCAUUUUUUACGGUUUCAUGAAGAAAUCGCGUUUACAGAUGCUUGCGGAUGUGCAACAUUGCGCAGAGCGGCAACCGCGUCGGUUCCUUGGAAAAGGAGGACCUCGUCUGCUUGAGCAACUGGAACGUCAUCAUGUACUGCGGCAGAGGCGGCCUUCGCACCAUCAAUUGA